AUGGAGGAAGCGAUUCAAUUGGACCAGAGAUAUCCCGGGACUUUACGUGAUGAGUUCAACAUCCCAACAUUCCAAUCGAUGGGCUUGCCUUACAGUGACGCUGAUGAUGGGAAUAAGAGUGUUUACUACCUCUGUGGCAAUUCUUUGGGACUUAUGCCCAAAAAUACAAGGAAUGCUAUAAAUGCAGAAUUGGAUGCUUGGAGUGAACGAGGAGUUGAAUCUCAUUUCAGACAUCCCCGUGAAGAAGACGGAUUCGCUUCUUGGGUUGACAUCGAUUUGCCCGCCAUGCCGCUUUUGGCACCUAUUGUUGGUGCCGAUAUCGAUGAAAUUGCAAUAAUGAAUAGUCUUACUUCCAAUUUGAAUGCGUUAUGUGUUGCUUUUUAUAAACCGAAAGGAGCUAGAAAUAAGAUCCUGUUCGAGAAAUCGGCGUUUCCAUCGGACUACUUCGCAUUAUCUAAUCAAUGCCGAAUCCAUGACUUGGAUCCUCAGGAAACUUUGAUACAAUUGUCACCACGCCCAAAUGAAACGUAUUUGAGGACGGAAGAUAUUCUUCAAACCAUUUCUGAGAAUAAGGAUAAUAUUGCAAUGGUUUGCCUUUCCGGAAUUCAGUACUAUACGGGCCAGUUCUUUGAUAUCGAGAAAAUCACAAAAUAUGCGCAUCAGUAUCCGGAUAUCGUGGUUGGCUGGGACCUCGCGCAUGCUGUAGGCAACGUUCCGUUAAAGUUACAUGACUGGGGUGUUGAUUUCGCUUGCUGGUGUUCGUAUAAGUACUUGAACUCUGGCCCUGGUGGAAUUGGUGGACUCUUUGUACAUUCCAAGCAUGCGAAUGAUGUGACUAGGCCAAGACUGGCUGGAUGGUGGGGAAACAAUGCCUCGCAAAGAUUUAGGAUGGUCGAAAUUUUCAAUCCGAUUCCCGGAGGUCUCGGCUUCAGGCAAUCGAAUCCCAGUGUUAUCGAUGUUGUUGCUCUUAAGUCUUCUUUAGAGUUGUUUAAAAGGUUUGGUGGCAUGAAUAGCAUUCGAGAUAGAUCCCUUUACUUGACGAAUUAUCUAUUAAGACUGCUCAAGGCUUCCAGGUACUACUAUGAUGUGGAUAAGGUUAAUCCGGAAGUGUUAGGAUUUAUGAUUAUCACGCCAGUAUAUAAUGAUCAGGAUCACGGGGCACAACUUUCACUGCGUUUUUACCCUCACCAUCAGGAUAAUCCCGAACACGAUACCAUGGAACAAGUCUUCAAGUACAUCAAUACGAGAGGUGUCAUUGCCGAUGAAAGAAGACCAAGCGUAAUCCGUCUCGCCCCGGCACCUCUUUACAAUACGUUCCAAGACGUGUACCAUGCUGUGAAAUUCCUCAAUGAGGCUAUGGACGUUCUCAGCACGAGAACCUGCUCCUGA